AUGUCGCGCGAUAAGGGCGACCCCAAGAUGAUAAUACGGUCGGAAUACUCGAGCGGACUGGCGCGUGAGACGACCGGUGGCUACUGCCAACGGACACCGCAAUCAAGGCUGCAGACAGAGGAGUGUAAGACGCUGCUUUGGAUAGAGGUCCACCCCGCGCUAGCCCGCAGCACCAUGUUCAUUGGCGUAACGUCUAGUUUGGGAAACGUAAAUUCACACUACGACUAUUUGAUU